AUGCUCCCAGCUCUACUCCCAUCUUCAGCUAUUGCAUUUGCACCGCGAUCUCCCCCACACGUUGUUGUGAACGCCAUGUUUCCAGAUUGGAUGAAGGCCAAGCUAAAGCAAGUCAACCGGUUCAGGCGACCUCUAAACAAUUCUAUACAAUCUGCUCUGUGUCUCAAAACAGUAUUGUCUCAGGACAAUGCAAACUGGACCUUGUGCUCGAUUAUGCUACCACAGGGAAACGUGAUAGACAGCUUAGUCUUUCAGAUCAUCCACAUCGAAGCCUAUGUUGUGCAUGUUGACAUGGUUUCACGAAACGAGGUCGCAUUUAAACUUUGUCAACACACCAUUGACGCUCUGGUAGACUUUCACCAAAGGGUUUUUUUGGUUGAUGCUGCGGACAAUGCCAAGAGCCUAUGGGCGAAAGAAGCAAAGCUUCAAAGGCUGCAAGAAGAAUUUGUGGAUGCAGUAAACAAGUUCGCCUUUUGGACAAAAUCUGAGGUAUUGCUGGGCUUGGAACAGGACGGCUCUGGAGAGCUACUUGUUGACAUGAGUGAGAAGGCCAAAGAAAAAGUCAUCGACCUUUUCAAGCCACUGAUACUUCCAUCCUCCAUCGUAGGUACUGGUUAUGAUUGGAUAUGCCCGACUGUCUAUAACCCUAUGCUGGCCGAUUUGGAUGAAGAGGCAUUGGCCGGAAGCAUGUGGGCUUACCUUUGA